GCAUUGGGAGGUGCUGAGCCCUGGAUGUCCUAGGUCUCUCUUUAAAAGAUGUGGCUGGGAUAUUACCAUUCAUAUAAUCCAUCUGCCUCUUCCUAAGAAUUGCUCCUGUCAUUGCCCUUCUCCCAAGGAUACACAACCAGCAAAACUAUGUGCAACAAAUUUGUGGGAAGCUGGAAACUCAUCUCUAGUGAAAAUUUUGACGAUUAUAUGAAGGAAUUGGGAGUGGGAUUGGCGACUAGGAAACUUGGUAACUUGGCAAAGCCUAAAACCAUCAUCAGCAUGAAGGGUGAUGAGGUCACAAUCAGAACAGAAAGUACCUUUAAAAAUACACAGAUCAUAUUUAAGUUGGGUCAAGAAUUUCAAGAAACCACAGCAGAUGGCAGAAAAACCAAGACUGUGGUAACCUUAGAAAAAGGAGCGCUGGUUCAAGUGCAGAAAUGGAAUGGCAAGGAAUCAACAAUAAGGAGGAAAUUAAUUGAUGGAAGAAUGGUGGUGGAAUGCAUCAUGAAAGGCGCCCUGUGUACAAGAGUUUAUGAGAAAAUGUGACAAAACUUGAAGGUUAUACCAGAUGAGACCAAUUCUCCACAACAUUUCCUUGAGGAAUUGCCGAGGAACUGCCAUUUCUAUUCAUCUUUUCCCUUUUUCCCUUUUACUGGAGGGCAACUAAACUAUAAGUAUUAAUUUAAACAAUUAAGAAAGUAGAUCACACUUGAUACUAAAUAAAUGCUUACCAUUGUAUAAAUGUGUAAUUUCAGUGAAAUUAAAUGGUUGCAUCUAGCCUUCCUGAACAUUUUGUUAAAGAGUUGUUCUUAUUCCAUAGUGAUAUACUCUUGCACUACUGAAUUUAUAGACAUUUUACACAGAAACAGGCAUAUUCAUAAUUUUUUUAAAUGAUAUGUUAUGCAGCCCAGAUGUGCUAAUCUGGAGUCCUUGACAAUAUAAAAUAAAAUAUUCACCAUCUCUUAAUGAAAGGCAAGAGUUUAUUUAUUUUCUCCUAAAGCUGUGCUGUGAACCUGAGAUCUCCCAUUAGGCUAAAGUUCAACAUCAGUUUAGUUCAACAUCAUUUGAAAGUGUCAUGCUGACUAUGCACAGCAGAUAGGAAACAUGGCCAGAUAAACUAAUUCUGCUUUAUUAUAAAGCUACAUUAAUAGAAUCUUGCAAGUCUCUUCCCCUUAUCUUUACAGCCUAAUAGGAGAGGGAGGAUCCCUUCAGAAGCCUCUUGCUCCACCCAUUAUGCAUCGGUGGGCUAUGCUCCCUCUUAUCAGUCAAUUCUCUAGGCAGCAUCUCUUCACCAGGUCUCUCAAGGUCUUUGCCACAUACCAAUAAAAAAGUAAAUCACAUUUUUGUGUCACUUUCCUGAUUAUCAGCUUCAUAGCAGAAAGGGAAGUGAGAAUCAGUGUCCCCCUCCCCCACUCCCCCAAAAUGAAAGGCUUCACACUUUUUGGUCCUUGGUCCUACCUACCAACUCAUUCAACUUCAUUCAACAUUGACAAUAGGUCCCCAACCAGGUAGGUUUGGGUGGGGUAGGUGUGUGGAUGUGUUUUAAAAUAAAAUCAUGGCAGCUCCGAUUAUGGACACCAUUUUUUGAUUCCUGAAUUCAGAUUUCACUGUCUCAAACCAAUUUAAUCUUCUUUAGCUUGGUACCUUCUCGAUGUGUUGGAAUAAAGUUCACAGAUUUACGAUACCUCCAAUGCAUCUGGAAGUGAGCAGAUUAAGUAAGGUUUUAAGGAAUAUAACGUUUGGUGAUAAAAAGUUUUCUUACAACUGAACCUAUACAUGAGGAGAUGUUUAGUUCUGCUGUUCAUAGCCUUAAAAAGGUUUACUUCAUUUUGUUUGUUCAUGCCUAAAUUACUGGCCUAGUAUGCUUUAUUAAGAGAGAGAGAGAGAGAAAUGUAGCUGCUCAGCUCUGCAACAGAUCUGCCUGGCACUUUCUCUAUAGAAAAAUAACCAUUAGCAGCUGUGUCAUGGGAAUUAAGAGUUUUUCCAGAACAGGAAAAGUGCAACUGUGCUGAUAGCACAGAAAAAAAUAAAUAACUAGAUGAGGUAGAUGGUACAUCCUAUUGAUGAAUAGGCAGCAUGCAAUCAAAUUCUAAGCCUUUGUUUUAGCAGCCACUCAGGUGGGUGGAGGGGCCCUGAAACUGCUCCAAUCUUUCUAAAAACCAUCAGACUACAUCCUGUGCUUCAAUUUAAUAUAAUUUAGACACACCAGACAUAACUGAAGGUACACAUAGGAUACAACUCCAGCCACUUGUCCAUUCACCACUUCUUUUCUCCAUCCAAUUUAACUUAUAACCUGAAUGGAUCAAAUUCUGUUUAUGAUUGUCUCAUAACAUUGUCCCGUUUCAUAGACAAGUGUCAGCAUAUUAUAAUAAAACUCAGGUCUUUUUUUCACUCUGCUAAGUAGGAAUUAUGCACCUUUAUAGUGCUAUUAAAAAUAAAAUAAUACUAUAAUGAUUAAUAAUCAGAAGUAAAUAUUACAAUCAGAUUAUAUUGAAGGCAGCAAUAUAAGGAAAACAAAUAUAGAAAUGUUACCUCAAGUUAGUUCAUUUGUCAAGCCAAUAUUACCUAUGUUAACAGCUUUGUAAGAUCAAAAAUGGAAAUAUUUUACAGUACUUGCUAUUUGGUUACUUACACUGGAGAAGUCACAGCUCCGGAUCUCAUAACAUGUUUGGACAUUUACUUAACAACUGCAAUUACCAUAGCUACAUUUAUACUUUAUGCUAAACCAUAGCAUAACAACCUCGGUGCACAUAUAAUACUAAACCAAAACCAGGGCUUAAUAAGGCUUAGUAUGGUCAUUCUGAACCUUGAUGCCCUCCAAAUAUGUUGCCAAGAUUGCCUGGAAAUCUGCGUAUUUAGAAGAUGCUAGGAUGGAGAAGGUUGGCUUAGCAGAGUAUGAAAACAAGGCCUGGGUUUUAUUAUAAUAUUCUGACAGUUGUCUGUGAAAGGGGACAAUGUAAUGAGGCAUUCAUAAGCAGAAAUUAAUCAAUUAAGAUUCUCAUUAAAGACUAAAUAUCUACAGUGGUCUUCUUGUACUCACAGUUCUUGAGGUUUUUAUUCAUGAUUCUCAGUUCCACAGGAACAGUAUGUAGGAGAUAUUUUUAACUGAUUGUAUGAUUUUAAUCAUGAUUAAUGUAGAGUCAGUAGAUUUUAAUGCCCUAUGAGACCUGUAAAUAUUGAAAUAAAAUCAAACAACUGCAAUGAAAAACACCA